CCGCGGGCCUUGGCUCGGCCACGUCGUGGGGUGGCGGAGGAGAGGGGCCGUGCCGUGACGGGCCUCGCCAUGUCCUGCCGCCCGAUUUUCUUAUGAAACCUUCCAGUAGAAAAAGCUUUCAGGAAAAACUUCAGUUGUAAAAGAUCUCAGCAUAAGAAAAAGGAGAGCCUUGCCAGACACUGAAGAAAGAACGAGGAUCUCUCCUCCUAAUCUGGGCCUCCUAUCAUGGAUGAAGAGACUCGGCACAGCCUAGAGUGCAUUCAGGCCAAUCAGAUCUUUCCUAGGAAGCAGCUGAUUCGGGAGGAUGAGAAUCUUCAGGUUCCUUUCCUUGAACUUCAUGGAGAGAGCACAGAGUAUGUGGGUCGUGCUGAGGAUGCCAUUAUUGCCCUUUCUAAUUACAGACUUCACAUCAAAUUCAAGGAGUCUCUUGUUAAUGUUCCACUACAGCUUAUAGAAAGUGUUGAAUGUCGUGAUAUAUUUCAGCUUCAUUUGACUUGCAAAGACUGCAAAGUUAUCAGGUGUCAGUUCUCAACCUUUGAGCAGUGUCAAGACUGGCUUAAGAGACUGAACAAUGCAAUCCGACCACCUGGUAAAAUAGAAGAUCUUUUCUCAUUUGCAUACCAUGCUUGGUGCAUGGAGGUCUACGCCAGUGAAAAAGAGCAACAUGGAGACUUGUGCAGACCAGGGGAGCAUGUAACGUCAAGGUUUAAAAAUGAAGUGGAGCGGAUGGGUUUUGAUAUGAACAAUGCUUGGAGAAUUUCCAACAUCAAUGAGAAAUACAAGUUAUGUGGUAGUUACCCACAAGAACUCAUAGUACCUGUCUGGAUCACUGACAAAGAACUAGAAAGUGUGGCAAGCUUCAGGUCCUGGAAGCGCAUCCCCGCUGUGGUCUACAGGCAUCAGAGCAAUGGGGCCGUCAUUGCCCGCUGUGGACAACCGGAGGUUAGCUGGUGGGGCUGGCGAAGUGCAGAUGAUGAGCACCUGGUGCAGUCGGUGGCCAAAGCUUGUGCUUCUGACUCCCGGUCAAGUGGCGGCAAGUUUCCAACCAGGAACCGUCCUCGAGACUUUUCCCAUGGGGGAGACCUUUCUGAUGUGGAGUUUGAUUCUUCUCUAUCAAAUACUUCAGGAGCAGAGAGUAUAGCUAUCCAGCCUCAGAAGCUUUUGAUUCUGGACGCACGCUCCUAUGCAGCAGCUGUGGCAAAUCGAGCCAAAGGAGGAGGCUGUGAAUGCCCAGAAUAUUAUCCGAACUGUGAAGUCGUGUUUAUGGGGAUGGCAAACAUUCAUUCUAUUCGGAGGAGUUUUCAGUCUCUGAGGUUGCUGUGCACACAAAUGCCAGAUCCUGGAAAUUGGCUUUCAGCUCUCGAAAGUACAAAAUGGCUCCAUCACCUGUCUGUGCUUCUGAAAUCUGCACUUCUGGUGGUGCACGCUGUGGACCGUGAUCAGCGGCCAGUGCUAGUGCACUGCUCGGAUGGUUGGGACCGCACCCCUCAGAUAGUGGCAUUGGCUAAGCUCCUGCUGGACCCUUAUUACCGAACCAUAGAGGGUUUCCAGGUCCUUGUGGAGAUGGAGUGGCUGGAUUUUGGCCAUAAGUUUGCUGACCGAUGUGGUCAUGGGGAAAACUCGGACGAUCUGAAUGAGCGUUGCCCAGUAUUUCUGCAGUGGCUUGACUGCGUUCAUCAGCUUCAGAGGCAAUUUCCUUGCUCUUUUGAGUUCAAUGAAGCAUUCCUUGUGAAACUGGUACAGCAUACCUAUUCCUGCCUCUUUGGAACAUUCCUGUGCAACAACGCCAAGGAGAGAGGGGAGAAGCAUACUCAGGAACGGACGUGCUCCGUGUGGUCGCUGCUUCGAGCAGGCAACAAGGCUUUCAAAAACCUCCUGUAUUCCUCCCAGUCAGAAGCCGUGCUAUACCCUGUGUGCCAUGUGCGGAACCUGAUGCUGUGGAGUGCAGUGUACCUGCCUUGCCCAUCCCCAUCUACCCCGGUGGAUGACAGCUGUGCGCCCUACCCAGCUCCAGGCACCAGCCCUGAUGAUGCCCCCCUGAGCCGGUUACCAAAGACGAGAUCAUUCGACAAUCUGACCACAGCCUGCGACAGCACAGUGCCUCUGGCCAGCCGGCGCAGCAGUGAUCCCAGCUUGAAUGAGAAGUGGCAGGAGCACCGGCGCUCACUGGAGCUGAGCAGCCUGGCUAGCCCGGGAGAGGAGUCUCCUGUGCCCGACAGCCUGGGGAAGCCCAGCAGGAUGCCAGGGGGUGCUGAGCUAUCUGUGGCAGCUGGGGUGGCUGAGGGGCAGAUGGAGAACAUUUUGCAAGAGGCCACCAAGGAAGAGAGUGGGGCAGAGGACCCUGCCCACAGGGGUCGCAUUGAGACGCCCGAGGUCAAAGAGGAGGCACUCCUAGGGAAGGAGAGCGGGGUGGUCGUGGAGCGCUCAGUUGUGCUUGACCAAGAACUGGAGCUGGAUGGUGCGACUCCGAGAAGUCAUUUAGACCCCAGCUUGCCUUCGCUUUCACAGGGUGAUCCUGAACAGCAGGGUGGGUACAGGGUUCUCCCCAGUUUACUCCAGGGCCCUCCCAGGGAAGAGGAGUCCCAGGAGGUCCCUGGGGAGCAGUCUCACAUAGGGGAUAUGACAGAAGAUAAGGAAGACACAGCUCCUUCUCGGCCAGUAGAAUCAAAACUUGGCCUUGGUACCUCACAGUCUACUUCUCUACCUUCCCAAGUCCCAUUGGAGACAAGAGGACCAAAUGUGAACAGUUCUGUGGACGUGAUAGCGGAAGAUAAGGUGAAGUCAGAGAGUGGACCCCAAGUCCAUUAUAGACCUUGGCUGGUAAGCAGUGGCAGAUACAGUGGCAAGGACAUGCUUCCCCCAGCUUUGGAGUCCAGGUCUGUAGAGAAGCUGCUGGGUGAGAGGUCCCAAGGGGGUUCUGUGGUGCACAGGACUUCCCCUGGCAGCACCUUCAACCUCAUGCGGGUCCCUGGUGCCUUGCCUUUAGCUGAAUGUAAAGAGGAACUUGUGUACAAUGGGGCCCUAGAGACUGAAAACAAGGCCUCAGAGCAGCCUGUGGAGCUUGGCACCCCCGAGAGGUAUCCCACACCCAAUGGUCACUGUGCCAACGGGGACGCUGAAGGGAGUAAGGACUCACUGAGCCGCCAGCUGUCUGCCGUGAGCUGCAGCUCUGCCCAAUUGUAUUCGAGGAACUUGCACCACAAGUGGCUACACAGCCACUCAGGGAGGCAGUCUGUCACCAGCAGUCCUGACCAGCCUUCCCGCAGCCAUCUGGAUGAUGAUGGAAUGCCUGUGUACACAGACACAAUUCAACAGCGCUUGCGUCAGAUUGAGUCAGGCCACCAGCAGGAAGUGGAGACCUUAAAGAAACAAGUCCAAGAGUUAAAGAGUCGCCUGGAGAGUCAGUACUUGACCAGCUCCCUGCGCUUCAAUGGGGACUUUGGAGAUGAAGUGACUUCAAUCCCUGACUCGGAAAGCAAUCUGGAUCAGAGCUGUCUGUCUCGCUGCAGCACAGAGAUUUUCUCUGAAGCCAGCUGGGAGCAGGUGGAUAAGCAGGACACAGAGAUGACCCGUUGGCUCCCUGACCAUUUGGCCGCCCACUGCUAUGCCUGUGACAGUGCCUUCUGGCUCGCCAGCAGGAAGCACCACUGCAGGAAUUGUGGGAACGUAUUCUGCUCCAGUUGUUGUAACCAGAAGGUUCCAGUUCCUAGCCAGCGGCUCUUUGAACCCAGUCGAGUGUGCAAAUCUUGCUAUAGCAGUCUGCAUCCCACAAGCUCCAGUAUUGACCUUGAACUGGAUAAACCCAUUGCUGCCUCUUCAAACUGAAGCUCUGUGACUUGGAGUGGGCAGAGACCGUGCUGCUGUUCCUCUGACAGGCAUACACAGCCUGGGCAGACCGAGAGGCCGUGCACUUUGGAAUGGGAGCUGGGAACCACCUGUACAAGGGCCAGAGAUUGGGAUGUACCACUGGAUUGAUUGGAGAUUGAUUUUUCUUUCCCCUUCCCUCCCCCUCUGUCUUCAAAACAGAAUAAUGUCCCCUGGGUGUCUUUUCUCCUCUAAGAUAGAAGACCAGAGGUUACCAGGCCCCCUGUAACUGCCAAGCCGCGUACUGUCAGGCAUUCUGAGGGGUGGCAUGAUGCUUCCCAGCGGUAGGAGGCCAGGAGUGAAGACCUGAGACAGGAGAGUGAGCACUAACGCUGGUGACCAUUCCCCACAGCACAGCUGCAUCCCGCUGUGUGGGAGCCUUUGCUGGCUGGAGAUGCACUUCCAGGAGCACCGUCUUGUGCUCCUGGGGUGGGUAGGCCGAUCUCACCUCAUAGACAACAAAUCAAUUGGCAUUGGGGGGUUAUACAGUAAGAACCCAACAAACCCCACUUGGGGAAGAAAGAUGUGUGUUUCUUAAGGCAAUAUGGGGCUGGGACGGAGUGGGUAGCAUGUUGCUGGCCCACAUGGAUCCUGUCUUUACCUUGACCCAGAUUGGGUAGGGCUCCUUUUGUUUUCAGGGGCGAUUUCCCUGGCCAGGCUAGGUAAUGCCUCUAGGUACGGGCAGGGUAGACUGGCCAGAAUGAAGUGUCCUGCUAUGGCUGAGGCCUGCACUGAGCCUAGGCAUACCUGGAACUCUCUUCUGGGGCCUGGUCCUACAAACAGUCUCUUCCUUGGCCAACACAGGGAAAUCCAGACUCAGGGUUCCAAAAGUUCCUCACUCCCAAACCAAACCAAUCAUGGAUCUCCCCCUGAGGGAUGGAAUCACCUUUAGAGGUACAAAGGUCCCCACACAAUCAACCUUCCCCUUCUUCCUCUUCUGGGGCAACAGGAAAGGCCUCGCAGUCUCCCUGCCCUUCUCCCGGAGGCCUGGGUGGGCCAUGUCUGCUGCUGUCAGAGUGAAGGACUACUUAGUAGCUGCAGGGUUUCUUAGAGACAAGGACUGGAGGAAAUCUGGGGUACCCUUCCUCCGUGAGCUUUGAUAUGGUCCAAAAAGAGCCUUAAACCAAGAAAUAUUUGUAGUGGAGGUGGAUGUGGGAAAGGAUGGAGUUUUGAUUUGUGCUUUGAAUGUUGGCGCCCAUGGUUUGUGCCUGCCCUCUCUCAUAGGGAAGGCCACGUUUGGCUCUGCUGAAAGCUGUAGACUAGGGACAGGGCUGAUCGUGAAUGGAGGCAGGGUGAGGUCAGGGGGUGCCUCAGUUCCAGGCUGGCCUGUGCCCACUCCUUUUCCCCUUUGGAAGCUGUUCCCUGUCAGGGGCAAGCUGCGUCAGCAAGGUGGCUUCCUUGUGUGCCUGAGAGUGGGCACACUAGGUCCAGAAGCCUUCUGUGGCGUUGUCAGCUGAGGCAAAGCCCAGAGCCUCUCACUCCUGCGACAGCAGGUCACUCAGUCCAGGUGUAGUGAAACAGGGUGUGACUUACCUCCACACGCACUGUGGUCUGGAGGUGCAGGUAGGGAGAAGCUGGUGUAAUUGAAGAUUGUCAGUUCCUGAUGACAGGUGCCAAGAGGUUAUGAUACGGGUUUCUUGGGUCUGUUGUACAGUGUGAAUAAAUGCUUGCAGCUCUUAGCCUUUUUUGAUCAAUGAAGCACUUUUUUAAUAUUUUCUUUGUAUGUAAAGGAGGAAGUGUAACUCUCCGUAGCUGUACAUAUAACCCUUUUCUCCUAAAGAGGAGUCAGUCAGUGCUCCUAGAUUUUUCAUUUUUUUUGUCAAAGCAAGAAGUGAAUACUUUAGAGUUGUUAAAUGUAUAAAUAAGUGAAUAAAGCUGAGUGUUCCGCA